AUGUUCGCGGAACUUCGUCAGUUCAGCAUUCCCAAACUCUCUGCUGGAAUACUUCGCUGGACUUUCUACACCUCCAGAUUAAUGGGUGCCGUUGGCUUCAGAUAUAAAACCACAUCUACCGAAAGAGUAAUGAUGGAGGAUAAUCCUCUCAUGUGGAAGUGGCUUUUUGCCAUAAUUCGCUUAGGAAGCCUAUCUGUCUAUCUAUACAUGUACACACAAUGGAAAAUGCCCUCCAGUGACUUGAUCGAAAAAGUUCUGCAGCUCAACCGUGCGUUUCUUCAAUCUGCCUGUUGCAUGUCCAUUGUUAGAUUGCAUCUUUAUCAAGGACCAGAGGUUACACAACUGGUCAAUAGUUUUCUUCAGCUAUAUCGAAGAGUUCAAAGCAUUUGCAACCGCAAUCAAAAUGGCUUUGGUGGAAAAGAUGACCUAAUAUUUUUAGUUUUCAUGCUGAUCUGCUUGAUUCACGAGGAAAUCUUCCUGCUGAGAUUAAUAAAACCUCACUGGAACGCACUCAAAUUGGCUGUCGGAGUUAAAACCAAAGCGGUCAUAUUCGGGGUCUUUCAUAAGAUGAGUGUUCCGAAACUUUCCGCCGGAAUUCUGCGUUUCAUUUUCCGAUACGCACAGUUUAUUGGAGUUUUCUUUUUUCGCCUAAAGAAGAGUAAAGAAGGAGAAAAAGUAUCGAAUUGCAAAUGGCUCAAGUGGAUGGGUGUUACCCAUCGUUUUAUAACAUUCUGCAUUUUCUUAUACUCAUAUUCAUGGAAUAUAAUAUUAGCAAGUCAUCGCGGCGAGCAAGUUCUUCAUAUUUUGCGGAUUUUACUGAGCAUUCCAAUCAUUUUGUUUCUAUUGGGAUAUCAGGUUUUGCGAGGCCCGGAAAUUAUUGAGCUUUUCAAUAAGUUUUUCCGACUCUUCUGGCAAGUGAGCCAUUUGUUUAAACCGAAAACCAUUGGCUUUGGAGGCCGACGUGAACUGAUUUUGAUCCUACUCAACUUGGUUUGCCUUUUCCAUGAGUUAACAUAUAUCUGGAUUACUGUGAAAAACAUUUCAACCUGGCAUUUUGCUAUCUAUUGGUGGUGUGACGUUUUUGUUGUCACAGGAACCAACAUGUUCAUCCACAUAAAUGUUAUGGCCUUUCUCAGUAUUGGAGUUCUUUAUUCGGAGGUCAAUAGAUAUGUUCGUACCCAUUUGCGAACCCAACUGCAGAAUCUGGAUACUUCGGCCAGCGAACAACAAAUAAGAAAACUGAAAAAUAGGCUGGAAAAGUGCACAUAUUUGUACAGAGAGAUAUAUCAAAUCAACACUGGUUUUCAGAGGCUUUUUGUGAUGCCCCUUUUUUUGGCACUGAUAAAUAAGGUGUUGUUAGUCGUCACGAUUGGCCUUAAAAUGAUUACCGAUUUGAACUUCUGCGGCUGCGUUUUUUGGAUACUUAUCGGAAAACACAUAUUAGAUCUUCUACUGCUAACCACUUCCGUCCAGGGUGCAUUGAAUCAAUUUAGGAUUAUUCGAAGGCCGAAUUUGGAGAUCCCUAAAGCGGAAGAUCUGAAGGAAUUUCGCCGCAUGCUGGAAAUAUUCUAUACCCAUCUCAACCUUUGUCAGUUCCGAGUUAGCAUUUUGGGCCUCUGUGAAAUAACCAACGAGCUUUUUUUAAUGAUUUUAUCCGCAGUAGUAACUUGGUUGGCGUUCAUUGCUCAAUAUAGAAUGCAGAUAAAAAUUGAGAAAAAUUUCACAUUUUCCUCCUCGGCGAAGUAA